GGUCAAUGGCGUCUUUGCUCAAUGGGAUGGGCCAAAUACCGCAAUGAGCGACUUUGCUCUUUGGGUUGGAUUCAGUGCCGCCUUGAUUCCUGCAUCUGGGGGCAGUCAGGGGUGAUUGCUUUAAUCUUCGUGGACAACUUUUACUUCUUUGGGGCGCAGGAGGACAUAAACGCUGUCUAUCCCGAAACUGCGAUGGCUCUCACGCUUGUCGCUGAGCCAGCACAAGAAACCGCAACAGAAUUCGUUUACGACAUUCUGUCAAUUUCGGUUCAUCUGGGGAAAAAUGGCCGCCUUUGA